AACUCCACUUCAAUUCGGUGAUGUUAUUUUAUUGAAGUUAAAUAUUACUGAAAGAUAUACAUUUUUUCAGCGGAACGCGCUGAUUCAGUAGUUUGAGAGAAUGAAAUUGAAGAUAAAAUAUUGAUUGGGGCUAUCGAAGAUUAUCGUGCUAUCGAAGAUUGAUAGGUGUUAUCAAUAUGUUAUAAGUAUAGUUUAAUGGUUUCAUAUCUGCAAUUCACAUUUCGCACUAUUACUUGUGAACAUUGUUUCGUAAUUUGUUGGAUGAACCAGCCUCCUGAUGAAAAGUACUAUCACGUUUAUCAUCAAGUACGAGAAUAAAGAAAAUAUUUUGACACUCCAAGGAUAUAACACAGUUGCUCAAUUGAAAUCAAAAAUAAAUGAAAUUUUCGACAUAACGUCGGAAAACCUAUUGAUUCGUGGAUGGGUCAUCGAACCGGAAUCUGACAACAUAAUAUUGGCCGUUUGUACUGAUCCAUCUAUCAUCAAUCGCUUGGAUGUUUUUUAUGAAGAAUCAUCUGACUUCGAAGCACCAAAUACUAUCGAUGUUCAAUCAGCUGCUUCAUUCUGCAAAAAGUUGAGAAAGGAGGGUCUGCCAGAUGAAGUUCAGUUUCACACUGUAUCAUUGAUAGAUGCAAUUGAACAAUCGUGUUUAACAAACCUUUCAGAGCGAAAAGUACUCUUGCUGUAUCUUCAUAAUGGGAACAAAAAGUUAUCAACAAUCUUCCUCAGGAAUCUGCGACUUCCAAAGGUUAGGAAAACAUUGGAGAGAAAUUUCUACUUGCUUGGUUGGGAUGUAGAGGAAACCAAUUUUCACGCUGGUCUGGAAGAAACACUGAAACAAUCAAACCUUCUACAGGUAUGCGCUCUGGUUCGUUGCCAAUUCUGUGCGAUUUUGCUUAUCCAGAACAUCAACGGAUGCAUAAAUCUGAGUUCUUGUGUAAGCGACGAGAAUAUAUCAGACGCUGAUUUCUAUAAGUCAUUGGAAGAUGUGGCUGAGUUUUUGGAACAAGAGAAACGUCAAGAAGAUUUACUGAAGAAUCUUGAGAAAACUUCAGCCAAUGAAAAUGAUAUGGAUUCCACGAGAUAUCAGCAGCUCAUGGCAGAUAUGUUAGGCGACAGGGAUUAUGACAGCUUUGAAUUUGAUCAGCAUGAGGCGUUGAAACAGAAAAUUGCAUUUUCGCUGUUUGGGCCUCCUGAGACAGAACAAGGAUACGAUGAGAAGAAAAACAUUAAGGUCAAUGAGAUUUAUGAAAUCGUGAAAGGAAAUAGCAAGUGGUAGAACAAUGUCGCGAAUAAGAGAUCUCUUCCUAUCACGAAAAAGGCCCACCAACAAUCAGAAAAUGGAAUUGAAACUCUUCAGGGUGGAACAAGGGGGAAGGUAAAAGCUUCGUCGAUUAUUCAAUCGAAAUGAUGAGUCAGGUGAGUGGG